UAUGUAUGUAUACGCAAGUUUUUACAAAGUGAUUAAAAUUCAUCUCGAAGCAAAUACUGAAUAAGUAUUUUACUUGUAAUUUCGAAAGGCUGUAUUGGUAAUGGUGUAGAAAUCGCAAAGAAACUUGACAAUAGUUUUAAAAAUAAAAUUGACGACAUCCGUAGUCCUUGUGGCUACAUUGAGAUCUGUCUAAAAAGUGAUGUACGCCAAAAAUGAACCGAGAACUGUUGUUUCAAACUUUUGCACGGUUAAAAAUAUCAGCCAAAAUAAGCUUAUUGCCUGGUAUCGAGAUAAAAUUUCUCCGCAAAUUCGAACUAUAAAAGAAUUAGGUACUGGAGUAGAUUUCUGUCUAGGUAUGGAAAUUCUUUUCCCGGGAAGUAUCGGGCUGCACAAAAUCAAAUACAACAAUCCAGGGAUGUCAGAUCGACGUCAACAUUUUAAACAUUUUCAGACAGCUUUGAAUUCUAUAGGUAUAAACAAAGAAAUUCCGAUGGAAAAAUUGGAAUCUGAAAGUUUCUUAGAGAACUAUUAUUUUGCUCGUUGGUUUAAAUCUUUUUUCGAAGCUAACUAUACGGGUGAAGCAUAUGACUUAACUCGUCUUCGGCAAUGGAAUCAAAUAAGCAAUGAUAGCAAAAAUGAGACCAAACGAAUUGGUUGUGGGGACUGCUUGUCUAGAACUAACGUAAAGUUGAAAAGUGUUUCUUGGAAGAAUCGUAAAUUUACUGUGACUACGAAACAGAAGAUUCCUGUUAGGCUUCGAAUAAACUCGAAUAUUAUGGCUAGUAUGAAACGUAAAAACGCUGUUGAUAAUAGCUCUCAGACAGAAAAGAGCUAUUAUGAUUCUAUAGACGAACAUCUUACAUUUGUAAAAUCCAUAAUUGAUGAGUUAUCGGAGGUGAACAAAAACAUGGAUGAAACUAACAAUUUUUUAGAACAAAGUAAAGCUGAGCUACAGACAGAAAAAGACAAACUGUUAGAAUUCAAUAAGAAUCUAGAAACUAACUGUGAAAACUAUCUAAGCAAAAUUAAGGAUCUCAACCAAGAAGUAGAAGAGUUAGAACAGGAAAAUAAACGUAUUAAUGGGGUAAACGAGAACUUGGGUCAGUCUAACAAGAAAUUAACUAAUCAGAACAGUGAACUAGAAGAAAGUAUGAAUAAUUUAAAACAGUGUAAUGAAGGACUUACUAAAGGUCUAGCAGAACUCAAGCGUUGCAACGAAGCUCUAGAACACAGUAAUAACCAGAUAAUCCAGAGUAGUGCUGUCUUAGACCGAAAUAACACAAAACUGCAGAAGAAAGAACACGAGUUUGAAAAUACUAUCAAAAGCUUGAUUCAUCGAAACCUGGAACUUGAAAAAUAUCAAAAGGCAUCAAAAGAAAGCUAUGAAAUAUUAGAAUCGAAAACCAAAGAAUUCAAGCAGCAAAUUCAGCAGUUAGAAGAACAUAACAAAAAUCUUACUGAAGAAGCACAAGAACAAAAUACAAAAAACAGCAACUUUGCUAACCAACAAAAACAUUUAAUAAGUGAGAAUAAAUCUCUGUUGGAAACCUGUGAAUUUCUAACCAGAGAUCUCAAACGAGCAAAUGAAUAUAACGAUUCUUUAGAAUCGCAAAGAAACAAUUUUCAACAAAAAAUCACUGAGCUUCAAGACGAACUGAAGCAUUUAAAACAUACAUCGCCCCAAAAUGAACGUCUUCUGGAAGAACAAGGAGAACAAUUAAAUGUUUUAAAGAAUGAGAAUAAUGAAUUAAGAGAAGAAAUUAGGCAUUUAAAGACUUACAUGGUUCGCUGUGAGAUUCUUGAAAGAGAACUAAAAGCAAUGAAGCAGACAAAUGCCGAUUUAAUUGAACUUAAUAAGUAUCUAAAGGACUACAAUGAUAAUAUUGGCGAGAAAGUAAAGCUAUCAAAUGAAUUUAAUAAAGAGCUAACACAAGAAAUUAAUGAAUCCAAUCAGACUGUCAUAAGUUUAAGGGAAAAGUUGGAAAAUCUAAAUCAGACUAUAGAAAUUUCGAAAUUCGAGAAGGAUAAAAUGAUAAAACGGAUUAGAGUUUUGGAACCACAAGUUCUUGAUAUAGCUAGACGAUGUAUUGAUCUCUCCGAGAGAAUUAAAUACUUAACAGAAUAUAACGCAAUGCUCCAAGACAAAUUACUUGAUUCUAUUCAACAGAAUUACGAACAAGAGGGCCAAAAUAUAAUAUUAUUGAGGAAUAAAUCAUGUCUAGAAACGAAGAUAAGUGAGCUGCUUCGUUAUAAUGUGCUCUUAGAGGAAAAUAAACAAGAUCUGAUGAAGUCUAAUGCAGAACUUCAGCUUAUAAAUACUAAUUUGAUUUUCCAGAAUGAAAAAAUGGAACGAAAGACAAGCACUUCCCCCAUACAUUUUGAGAAGUCUUCUAGCAAUGUUGCAAUUUUUACUCUUAGAAUAAAUAUAGAUGACGAUGACGAUGAUUCUAUCCUUCGAUUGAAAGUACAAGAACCAGUUUCAUGAAUUAUUUUGGUAUCAUUCUUGAACUACCUUGGCACUUUAAUCACAGAAGACGCAAGAUGUGUUAAGGAGAUCAAAAGAAUAGUGCUCGUGAAAUCUGCAUUCUCAAAAUUGCAUAACAUCUUGAGAAACCGUACUCUGAGCUUCAAGAGUAAGAUCCGUAUAUUAAAAUGCUAUGUAUACCCUGUGUCAAUGUAUGGAAGUAAGGCAUGGUCUAUAACAUCAAAAAUGAGACGGUGCUUGGAGAACUGUCAAAUGUGGUUCUUACGGAGAAUAUUGACAAUAUCAUGGAUUAAGUGUCUAAUGAUGAAGUGAUAGCUCGGGUUGCGGUAAAUAGUAAUCUGAUUUGUGAGAUAAAGGCCAAGCAACUGAGAUUUCUUGGCCAUAUGAUGAGGAAAGAGAGUCUGGAGAAUUUAGUGAUGACUGGAAAGAUUGAAGGGAAAAGAAACAAAGGAAGAAGAAGGAUGAUAUGAAUGUCAAUCAUUAUGAAUUUGUUAAGGUAAGAAGCGCUAAACAUCUGCAAGUGGAUUUGUUACAGAAAACAAAGAACACAAAAUUGCGAUUGGACAUAGUCGUCUAUGUCCUACAUUCUGGACAUGGCACCUAAAAAAGAAGAAAAGUAAUUCGGGGGAAAAUAGACACUCAAAACAAAAGGUCAUACAUACGUUCGUAGAUACAUAUUUUUUGAGUUCUUGCAUAUGUAACUGGCUUUGCACGAAACAUGAGAAUCUGGGCUUCAGAAAACCAUAGAGAAUGCGUCUAUUUAGGUUAAAGGCACUGUGAAAAUAUGGAAAGCAUUCUCAAAGUAAUGGCAUGUAAUAAGAGCUUAUACACUCGUGUAGACGUGCAAGCGUGCAUGUGUACACAUACGUAAGUCAAAACGUGCAGAGCUUUUCAUGGAAUGACAUUUACGGUUGUACACAUGCACACGUGUCUAUAAACACCGGUAGUUUUGUCAGGAAGUGUUCAUAUUUGGUAGUGAAACGAAGGUAGAUUAUCGAUCAGGCAAGGAAUAUGGAUAUCAAUGGCCGGGCUAUCUAAGGUAUUACAAUUGAUAAAUGUUACAAGGACCUUGGAAUUGACAAGAAUAUUGUAUAUAUUGACUUUGUGAGUAAAGCUAGAAUGACAAAAGAUACUUCAUCUGACUUUGGAAGAUAUGUAAAUCAGAGUUGUGUGCAUUCAAUAAAACUGUAUCCCAUCAUGCUUUUACAGUGCCAGUGUUAGUAAUAAUAUUUGGGAUAGUGGACUGGACACCUGAAGGAAUCUGUAACUUGAACAUCAAGACUGGGAAGAUACUAGCAAUAACUGGAAGCUUCCACAUAACCGGUGACAUUGACAUCAUGUAUGUGAUGCUGGAAGUAAAGGCAUAAGAUCAAUCGAGAGGACCUUUAGAUGCCACAUCAUGUCAUUUACUGAACUGUAAAGAGAGAAAUUGGUACAUCAAAUGUAUACUCAAGAGCGAAGGUAGAUACAUCAUGAGAUUAGGCAAAGAAGUUCAGAGGGCUCAGCUGUUUUAUGUGAACCAAAGGUGGCUGGAAUGACAUACUUAAACAGAAACUUGGAAGAGAAAUACUCAUUAUUACAGCUUUGCUAUCCAAGGACAAGAGAUAACUACUCAAUACCUGAAGACCAAAAGAGAUACAGUUGUCACAAAUUCCCUACGCUUUGAAAAAAAGGGGUCAGUUAUACCAUACCAAGCUGGGAGAUACUAACAUAAUCAGAAGCUGCACCAAAAUUUUUACAAGUGACUGUCUUUCCAAUAAACACGAGAUUGUGACAUGA